GUCUCAUGCCUUUUUGAAACUUUUUUCUAGGUGAUAAUUUGAUUUAUUUUUUGUUUUUUUUUUCUUGAAAAAGAAUUUGCUAUUUUAAUUUGAAAAUUAUGACCGAUUAUUGGCAAUAUGAUUUUCCACCAUUCUUCACUAUUCAACCGAAUGAUGAAACUAGACGUUUACAAAUGGAUAUUUGGUGUGCAAUCAUUAUGGAUUAUUGUCGUCGGAAUAAAAUGUUUGAAUUAAAUAUUAGCGAAUCAUUGGGUCAGCCUCCAUUUCGAAAUGAUAAAAUUGGUAGAAAUUUAACUGAAGAAAGUCUUCGAAUAAUUCUGGAUGAAAUGGUUAAACGUGGCCGUGCCGAAUGGAUUAAUGUUGAUGGAACAAAACAAUGUUUAAUCUAUUGGCUACGAAUCGAUGAAUGGGCCGAUAUUAUUAAACAAUGGGUGGAAGAAAAAGCUCUGAAUGGAACAAUGUGUACAUUAUAUGAGAUAACACAGGAUGAAGAUCGUUCCAAUGAACAAUUAUUAGGACUUGAUGAACGUAUUUUAAUGAAAUCAUUACGUUAUAUGGAAAAAGAUGGUAAAGCUGUAAUCGUGCAGAUUGAUGAUUCAUAUGGUGUUAAAUUUUUAUAAUAAAUUAUUUUCUAUAUUAUAAAUCUAUAAUAAAUUAUUUAAAAAUUAAA